GAAAAAACCCCACAAACUUAAAUUACAAUCCCAGAAAUCAAAACCCCUAUAUAUCUCCCUUCAAAGCCUUCACAAAACUCCCCCACACAAUCUCCAAUGGCCAUUCUUAUGUGUCUCCUUUUCCUUUCCUUAACGGGUCCAAAUCCGAAACCCGCAUCCGCAAUGCCUCCGGCUUCUCCAAUCAACUGCAACCAAUCAGUUUGUGUCCUCUCGAAUUCUUAUGGAGCUUUUAACGACCGAAAACAGUGUUCAGUCCCGACGGCGGUUUUGUACCCGACAACUGAAGAAGAGAUCCGAUCCGCGGUGGCCGAGGCUAAUAAGAACAACCUCAAAGUCAAGGUUGUUAGCGGGUUCUCGCAUACGAUACCGAAAUUAGCGUGCCCGGAUCCGACCCGUUCCGUCUUGAUCAGCACCGCGAAGUACAAUACAGGAGUCAAGGUCGAUACCGUGACGCGAACCGUAACGGUCGAUUCCGGAGUCGGGCUGAGGGAUUUGAUCAAUGCAGUGGAGGCCCAUGGGCUGAGUUUAGUUGCGAGCCCAUAUUGGGAAGGAGUGAGCAUUGGUGGGCUGAUCUCUACGGGCUCCCAUGGGAGCUCAUGGUGGGGGAGAGGAGGUGCGGUGCAUGAUCAUGUUGUGGGUGUUAGGAUUGUUGUUGCGGCUAGAAAAAAUGAAGGGUUUGCUAAAGUUCUGGACGUUGAUGAGAGCAAGGGUUCUUUGUUUGAUGCUGUUAGGGUUUCUCUCGGGCUUUUGGGCGUCAUCUCCAAGGUAACACUCUCACUGGAGCCAGCAUUCAAGAGAAGCAUAACUUACUCAUUCAGAGAUGACAAUUCCUUCCAAGAUGAGUUCGCAGAUUUUGCUAAAAAGCACGAGUUCGCUGAUAUUACCUGGUACCCAUCUCAGCACAAAGCCGUGUACAGAUUGGAUGACCGCGUCCCUUUGAACGCUUCUGGCGAUGGCGUAAAUGACUUCCUUGGGUUUCAGUCCACUCCUAUCCUGGCUACCACUGCACUUAGGGCUACAGAAACAAGAUUCCAGAAAACAAAGAAUGUGAACGGGCAAUGCAUACUCGCUUCCACAGAACUCGGAUACAAGAAGCUAGUAGCCAACGGCCUAAAGAACAACUUACUACUAUUCACAGGCUACCCAGUUGUAGGUUCUCAAGCCAAGAUGCAAACCUCAGGCUCCUGUCUACACUCACCCCCAUCAGACCCCUUAACCUCCUGUGCAUGGGAUCCAAGAACCAAAGGCCUCUUCUUCUACGAAUCCACCGCCAUCUUCUUCCCUCCAAACUUCAAAAACUUCAUCCUCGACGUCAAGAAGCUCCGAGACCUCAAUCCGAACAAGUUCUGUGGAGUCGAUUCCUACAAUGGUCUAAUGAUACGCUUCAUAAAAGGGUCCAGUGCUUAUCUUGGCCAGACAGAAGACUCUGUCGUGGUUGAUUUUAAUUAUUACAGAGCGGAUGAGGCAUUGUUGCCCAGACUGAGUCAGGACGUGUGGGAGGAAGUGGAGCAGAUGGCAUUCUUUAAAUAUAAAGCGAGGCCACAUUGGGGGAAGAAUAGGAAGCUUGCGUUUUCAGGGGUGAAGGAGAAGUACAUGAAGAUGAGUAGGUUUGUGGAGGUGAAGGAGAUGUGGGAUCCGAAGGGGAUGUUUUCCAGUUCUUGGUCGGAUGAGAUAGUUUUUGGAGGCGGAGGGAGCAGGGGCGAUGGAUGUGCAAUGGAUGGAGAGUGUGUUUGUUCGGAGGAUAGGCAUUGUAGGCCAAGUGAAGGGUAUUUGUGUAGGCCGGGAUUAGUUUAUGAGGAUGCAAGGGUGUGUAGGUUUUCUAGUUCUUCCUAAGAGAUGAAGAUCAAUUUGGAUGACACUUGAAUUUCUAUUUGUCAAUAAAUUGUUAAAUAGUCAAGAGAAA